GCCACACUAACAGCUGAUUUGGUUGUUUUUAAAUUUCUUUACAAGAAUUGUUGACUUUUUAAUAAUGAUAAUGGAUUAUCAUAGUUGGGUCUAUCCGAAUAUUCCCGAGGAUGCUAACCGCCAACUGUUGAAGCUGGGUGAUUCUCUAGUUGUGGUUGGUGUCCUGGGACGCUCCCGCAAUAGACAUGCUAAUAAAAUGCAAGCUUUUGACAUGAAACCAAACAGUUCGAAUUAUCAGCCAAUUGAAGGGCAAAUUUUGUGCUAUUUUACGCCAGGCACCUCGACUUUAUUCCUGCAUUUCGAGACACCAUGGGAUGAGGUAAUCCUUAGUAAACUAUUGCUGGAAGAGAAGGACCCGGAGAAAUUUGAUUUCGAUCAGUUCUAUGAAACGACACGAAAUCGUUUCAUACGUCACAUGACACUGGCGCUCCAUGUUUGCCAUAUACUCGUCUAUGUGGAGACGGCUCAAAUAUUCGAUAUGAAAUUGGUGACAAUUUUUCAGCUGUUGAAGCAAGUGAGAGAACAGCAAAUCAUGCAAUUUGCUCCACAACUCUUAGCGGAGCUUCCUUUAGUAGGUAGGGGUGUAAAAUGUCGACUAUGCACACCCAGAAUUCUUUUUCUCUUUGAGAAUUAUCCACACGAUGAGGAGAAAACAAAGGAGACCAUAUCCGCAUAUGAAUUUCAAACGGAGGAUUCCAUCUAUCAGCUGCUACGCCAUCAUAACAUAGUGACAAAUAGCUCCUCAUCCUCAUUAUUGGCAUUGCCCAAUAAUAAACAAUUUGUUUUCUAUAAUGCCUAUGAGGAUUUGCAUCCAGAUCGUUUGCUCCAGGCCAUUGAUUCCCUAAAUCGAGCCAUACAGAAGACAGAUCUCAAAGAGGAUGAGGAAGAUUUGGAAAUUUUAGAAUUGUCACCCUUUGAGGGUUUUGUGAAGCCCUUUGGCGAAUUCCCAGUAAGUCGUGCCAUCUUACUUAAUCCAAAAGACGAAGAAGAGCAAUAUAAAAAGGAUCAUACAGCUUGGCAUUUUUUGCAACGACAUGUCCAGGAUGCAUUGCAAAAUUGCUUCGAUGAGGGCUCAUUCAAACAGGGUUCGCCGCAAGGACAACAAUUUCAAAGGUUAAAUAUCAAUGAUUGGCACAAGUGGAUGGAUAAUCUAUAUAAAAUACUUAUAGCAAAUGUGGCAAACUCGAACUACGAGACCAACAAUGAAGAUUAUCGUGUAUAUCUUCGCAACUUUGAUCAGAGCUUAAACUAUGAGAGAAAAUUCUGGUUACAUUUGUGUGAAUUGGGCUUGAAAAAGGGAAUAUCGUGUUAUAAGCAUUCUGUUCCUGCUUUCUAUGGCCAGGAAACCCAUGACAAAUUGCUGGCUGAAGCAAUCUUAGCCUUCGAAGAGGAAGGCCGUGGUCCACCAUCAGAAGCUACGCGUGCCAAACUCUCGGCAAUUUGUUUAAAAUAUUGGCAAGAUGGGCGACAACAAUGCGAACAGUUGAGUCUGCGUCGUCAUCCAUGUACCCAGGCUAAAGAGGCGCCACAUGAGAAGCACGCUAGUGGAAUAAUUCAUGUCUCUAGUUGCAAUUGCGGUCGCACUCAGGGUAGACGUGAGGAUCCAUUUACCUUGAGGCAGGCCAAUUAUGAAUUCUACGAGUAUAUGGCUCAAAUAUGCAAUCUUUGUGUCAAAGUUAAACAAUAUCAAUUUCCGAUAUUUGAGCCAUCGGUCAGUGAUUAUAGAGCGGCAGCAUUCGAGGCAGCAUUCCCAUUGCUGCACGGUGGCAAACCCAACGCUGAGGGGGGUGAGCAAGCUGCUGGAGCCUGUGAAGAGGAUGAACAACUAACAAAUGGCUGCUCUCAACCAUUGUCGGCCACAUUUGGUUCAGAUUUAAACAUGUCCAUUGGCGAUUUUGAUUCCCUGCUUGAGGGUUCGCAAGUAGAAGAGCCAGAGAUUUCUUACGGCUCGGCGGAUGAGGACGAUGAGGAAUCAUUAUCGAACACCAACGAAUCUUUAAGUGAAAAUACAGAAAACGAAUUGGUAUUACAAUUUAAAGGUCCUCAGAAGGCGGCAAACAAUGAUGACGAACUGGAUGAAACAGAAACCAUAGUCCAAAGUUCGGGAGGCUAUUCGAAUUCCACAACCGAAUAUCUACCCGGUUUGGUGCACACCUUCAGUAAUCCCAGCCUGCUGCCUAUGUUUCCCAGCUGGUCAUUGGCCUGUGUGGGUCCCAGUUCCAUUUACAGUCAUAAUACGGGACUGCAGGAGCAUUUCCAAAGUGGUUUUCUUUCGGGAGCCAAUUUCCUGUUACCCUGGGAUGUUCAUGUUCGAUUGGUGCAGGCACAAAAGAAUCAACAUCACCUACAACAAAUGGGUAAAAAGCAUUUGCAACGCUAUCGGAAAUCUCAUUUAUCUGGUGGCGAUCGUUUGACGCUGAAAAUCUUUGUGGGCUUUGAAUAUGAAUGCUCGCGUGGACAUCGCUUUAUGAUGUGCAGUCCGGAGCGGGUGCUGCGAGGUGGUGCAGAUAUCGAAAGGGAUACAUCCCACAAGGUGGUCCAUCAGAAUAUGCCCCUCUAUUAUCCCUGCCCGUGUCGCAGUCAAUCCAAUUAUUUGGCCCAAUUGAUGCGCAUUCAUGUGGUCACGCCCAAGGCUCCGGUUAACAUUAUUCUCGAUCCCCGCGUGUGUGUUGGCCAAUACACCUUUACUCUGGGCACCGUUUCCCCCCCGCGUCUAUCACAAAGUGCAUAUUGGAUGCUUCGUUUACCCUAUGUCUAUCAGGGUGAUGAUAAUUUGUUGACGCCCCCACAAAAACUGGAAGCUGAUGAUAUCCUGUCGGGUGGCUAUUUAUUGGCUGGCAUGUUUGGUGUGGCAGAAACGGAAGCAAAUGCCACAUCUGCACCUACUUUGGAUACGCCAGCGACUGCAAAUUUCAUGAGAAUAUAAAUAAAAUGAAAGACAAUUGUUCUCUGGUAAGGUAACGUUUAGUAUAAUCUCUUCAGGGGGUGCAGCUUUUUGGGCGGCAAUGAGCAGAGAGCAGCGCAGGGGGUUAAUCAUUAGCUUAAAACUAGCUUAAUAAUGAUGGUGUAGGGGGAAUUGGGGGGUGCACAUACAAGGCAGCUUAGAAUAUUGAAAAGAAAUGCAAAUGAAGCAAACCAGAAACGAAAUUCCAGUUCUUUAUAAAUAUAAAAUGAUGUAAAUAAUGUAAAUCUAAAA